AUGUCAUCAUCCAAAUCCAGAUCUAAGCAUCAAGAAGAAGACCUCAAAGCCAAACGUAAAGCCUACUUAUCAAAAGCUGAUCCAUCCACCGUUGAACAGUUGGUAGAUUCAGAUGAUCUGGGAAGAGAGCAAUUCAAAGAAGGUCAAUGGAGACCUUCGUGGGCUAAUGUCGAAUUUGACGAAGAUGCAUGUUUGCAAAAUGUAAUGUUCGUACCUCCAGAUGGAUAUUAUGUUCCUGCCGGAAGUAUGCUACCCCUUGGAGCGCAAAUGCCUGAGAUGACUGUACUUCAAUAUGGCGGAUACUUCCCAGAAGGCACUUCGUUCCCUGGCGGAGUUUUGGUCCCAAUGCAUGCCAGGAUGGUUAACAUUUUACCUGAACAAACUAUCAAACCUUCCGGUCCAGUCGCCUCAGAAUCCAUAUGUUCGAUUCAAUAA